AGUCGAGUGGCGAGGCAGCAAAGAGAAAUGUUUAUACAAUCGAUAUUUAUGAAAAUAUUGACCAUUCUUUUGGUCUGCUGGUUGGGACUCGCCACUUGCCAGUCAUCGGCCGACGAUCAAGAGCUUGAAAUUGGUAUAAAUGGGGAAGGCCCGCCAGAAAAGCAAGAACUUCCCCAAGUGGAUUAUGGCAAUGGAAACUUCUAUAGCCUUUUGUAAAACUUCCUCGAUGAAGUAAAAUACAAUUUUUUAUUCUUUUUCAAAGCAA